AUGUAUAAAUGAUUGCUUUACAUUCACGUCGACUACGAAGGAAAUUAAGUGCUGUGUCUUCUGGUUCGGCGCGAAGACGGGCUCGGGAGCGACUACGAGCUGAACAAACUCGUACUGAGGGUGAACGGCUUGCUAAGGAAAGACGUGAACAACGGUCUAAGGAGAAGUUUGAACUACAAAAACAGGCCCGAUUAGAGCUGGCGUCGUAUGAGCCGUGGGGUCGCGCAGGCGGCGGCGCGCCCAAUCUUCGCAGCGUACGAUUUUGCAAUCUCCGCGCUUUUGGUAUCUACCCUGAAGAUGAACUUAAGGGUACAGCUGCUCACGAGCCUUGCCGGAUGUGGUCAUCGCCUCGUCGACACCGAAGCACGCCGCUGCGUCUCCGCGAGGAUCCACAACUUUGCUACGCCGAUGUUUUGCGGCAGACUGUUGACAAUGACAUAAGAUAUAAGCAAACGCCUAACCAGCAACAGGCCUAUAAACAAAUUCUAGAUGAAAUGGUUGAUAAGAGGCAGAAAUCAAUACAAGAAGGUAUAAGACGCAAUUUGGAAUACGAGCGCAAAAUGCAAACGAUGGAUGGACCUUGGGGCAAGCCAGGACCAGGUGGGACGAUUUGGAGGAACCCUCGAGAUAUUGGCUUAAAUUUCUCUAAGUCUAUGGGUUGGACAAAUAAUGAAAUUUUUAAUAUAUUAAGAGGUGAACACAAGCGACAUAAAAGGUCGUCGCUUACUUUACCUAAAGUAAAGACAGUGGACGAUUGUACCAAAGAAGAUGAGAUAACAAAUAAAGAAAAUAUAAAACAUUCCAGCGUUGAAAAGUUACCUGACAUACCCGGUAAACAAUCAAGCCUAGAUCGUGAUGACUGUACUGAUGCUAAAUUUAAAAGUGGAGGCAAAGAACAUAUAUAUAUUUCUAACAAAAACGGCAGACAAAAACGAAGGUCGAAUAAGAGUAAAUUUGUCAAAAGAUUAUCAAAUGGAGACAGAGUAAUUCGAAGAAUUUCUGAUAAUGAAGAGCGCAAUAGAGAAAGUAAUUCCGUAGACAAAAAACUAACGCCAGAGGCUACGAUAUUACAUGCGACUGGAGGCAUAGAGCUUGUUCCAUUGUUAGCAAGAAGUAGGCGCGUUGGUGCUCGAACUCUGCCUUCGAGCGAUGUCACACGACCUCAGGAGCAGUCAUGCGAAUGGCGGGAGCUUAUGGAUGUAAACUAUUUAAAGGAAUUAAAACAUCAAAUACGAAUAAAAAGUGAAAAACAAAAGGAGUGUCGCCGUGAUUCUGCGGAGAGCGUCCGGCGACAUCACACGACGUGGGCUUCUCUGUGGGGGCGCCCCGGACACGGCGCGCCGCAGCAGCGCGGCCGAUACGCGCGCAGCAACCUCGCACAACUGCUAUACGUUCCACACCUCACUAACUCAAACAUAUAGUUCCUUUGUUGUAAAUCUAAUAUUUCUUAAA